AUGCUAGAGUCACUACAACGUCAAUGGAGAGCACAUCGGCGUCUGUGCCAGGUCGUCUUGGUAGUCGCCGCGGGGUGCUACAUUGUUGAUCGGAUCGUAGUUAGGGUGAGAAGAGACCGCGAACAGAAACUGAAGGAAGGCGAAAGCUCAUUACCACUUGAACAAUUGCUCGUGAUUGCACAAGAAAUUGUGGAGGCGGAAUUCCCCUACGCAACAGACCUCGCCCAGAUGGUCACCCCGUCGAAUCGGCAGCAAUUGGUUACGUCAAUCCGGCAGCGAGGAAUGGAAAUGGAGUUGGCUAUAUUGAGACGGCGAGAAUUGCAGGUCACUCCGGAGGAUUUUAUGAGGAUGUGUCGGUCAUCAGGAUCACCGAAGCUGGAAUUGUUGUUAGAGGAGUUGAGAGUGAUGUUUGAAGACGCAUUGAAUGGUCGAUUACCAUUGAUGCCCGGUUGUUCGAUCGAGUUAACGGAUGCUCUGGUAGACAGAGUUUUCGAAGUGUUUUCUUUUUCAAACCGCCGCAUCCGAAUUGCGACCAUACAACUCGUCGAGACCUACAUUUUAAAUGCCGCUGCUGAGACCGCCACAGACUGGCUUCCUUCAGGAUACGAGGAGACUGUUUCAUUCCCGCCGGAUUUGGCGGGAAAUCUCAAACAUGAAUUACGCACGAUUCAGGCCGACUCAUUGGCCACCUGUUCCAUGCCACUCUGCCAAUACCUCCACUCGCUAGCACUCAUAGUCCGAGACCCCGCAUACCACGACAAAAUGAAUUCUAUGGCGCGCUUGCACAAAGAGGCGCUGUUGAUGCGACUCAUUGAUCUACGAGACCAAAUUGCUAGAGUCAAGUCGGCGAACGGCUCGGCAGGCAUAGGACCCGGUGGUGACAUAGGACCCGGUGGUGACAUAGGACCCGGUGGUGACAUAGGACCCGGUGGUGACAUAGGACCCGGUGGUGACAUAGGACCCGGUGGUGACAUAGGACCCGGUGGUGACAUAGGACUCGGUGGUGAUGCAGCUGGAGACGGUCAGGGGCAGCGCACUGCAGAACCAAGUGCCCCCGUGGCACUGCGUACAGUCGAGCAGGUCAGAGACGACUUGCGCAAUCAUUCGACCUGGGCGGAACCCGAAACCGCGAUCACAUCUGCGGUCGCAAAAACCCAAGUUGUGGAGACCGGUGUGGUGGUGGAACCGCACGUUGUGGAACCAGACGACGAUGAGGCGGACGAAGAUGAGGCGGAAGUUCCUUCGAGGUCACCGAUGGACGCGGACGCCGCUCAAUCGGGCUGUCAGGACGGCGUCUUCGAGUCCUCUUCCGAACCGGCUUCUCUCAAGUCGCCCACCGCGUUCGAGACUCCACUCGGCACAGCUGAGGCCUUCGACGAGCUCCAGGGCCGGGAACAGCCGGUGCAGAUACGGGAGCAAGUGCCGGAGCAUGUGCCAGAACAGAAACGAGAGCCAGUGAAGGUGCAAGAAGAAGUGCCAGAAGAAGAGCGGGAUCAAAAGCACGGCCAAAAGAAAGGGCAAGCACAAAUGCAAGAGCGGCAACAAGUACAAGAGCAAUGGCAAGUGCAUGAGAGGGAGCAAAUGCAAGAGCCGGUGCAAGAGCCGGUGAAGAUGCUGGAGGAAAUGCAAGAGCAAGUGAAGGAACGGGAACCAGAACCGAUGCAAGUGGAGUCAAGGGAUGCGCCCUGCACGGGGGAUGAGGUAACGCAGUGUCCGGCGGAUGCGGCACAAGAGGGUUCUGAAGAUCACAUGGAGGAAUAUCCAAGUCUUCCGCCUUGCGUCAUGCGAGCCAUUGACAGCUCCUACCAAGGGAAAGACUGUCCCGGGAAUUCUUGUUGA